AUUAUCUCCCAGCUGCAUAGACCUUCCAUACGGCUCCGUUCUGCCUCGAUGAACACUGUGCCUUGCUGAGAGCUUGAAACAGUUCUGCAGAAAAUUGUAAAGAUCCUGAGACAUUUCACUGUUAAGAUCUAAUAUCAAGGUAGUCACAGGAAGACACACUUUACUUUCUGCUGAUUGGAUGGGAGGAAUUUUUGACCUUGGAAAGUGGAGAUGGUGUUGCUAUGGAAACUAAUAAUUCUGCUGCCAUUCAUGAGCUGCAGCACAGGGGAAGAAAGUCUACAUGGUCCUAUUUUUAUUCAAGAGCCACAUGAUAUCACUUAUUCCAUGGGCUCAGCGAAUCCAGAAAUCCUACUGAACUGUACAGCUAAAGGAUAUCCACUCCCUUACUACAGGUGGAAGCAAAAUGGCACAGAUAUUGAUCUUACCAUGAGUUAUCACUACAGGUUGGUUGGAGGCAGCUUGGCAAUCAAUAACCCACAUAAAAAACAGGAUAUGGGAACAUACCAGUGUUUGGCCACAAAUUCAUUUGGAACAAUUCUGAGCAGGAAGGCAAAGCUUCAAUUUGCAUAUCUUGAAAAUUUUGAGACGAAGACGAGAAGUACAGUGUCAGUCAGAGAAGGACAAGGAGUGGUUCUGCUCUGUGGUCCUCCACCGCACUACGGAGGCUUGUCCUACGCAUGGAUCUUCAACAAUAAUCCCUUGUAUGUUCAGGAGGAUAGUCGGCGCUUUGUUUCACAAGAGACAGGAAAUCUGUACAUCGCUAAAGUAGAGCCCUCGGAUGUGGGCAAUUACACCUGCGUUGUGACCAACUCCGAUGCAGAGCAAAGUGUGCAGGGGCCACCCACUCCUCUCAUUCUCCGCAGCGAUGGUGUGAUGGGGGAGUAUGAACCAAAGAUUGAAGUACGUUUUCCAGAAACAACAUAUGCAGCGAAGGGUUCAUCUGUUAAACUGGAAUGCUUUGCCCUUGGAAAUCCAGUCCCUAGUAUUAGCUGGAAGAGGUCUGAUGGAAAGUCACUGACAAAGAAAAUCAAACAUGACCAAACUAAAGGAGUUCUUGAAAUCCUGGAUGUUCAGCAAGAAGAUGAAGGUUUUUAUGAAUGCGUUGCAGGAAACAUUCGAGGAAGAAACAUUGCAAGAGGUCAAUUAUUUGUCUAUGCACUCCCUGAAUGGGAUAAAAAAAUCCAAAAUGCCUUUCUGUCUCUCUAUGACAGUUUGUUUUGGGAAUGUAAGGCAAAAGGAAAACCAAGCCCUUCCUACAGCUGGUUAAAAAAUGGCCAGCCUCUCACAUCAGAGGAGAGAAUCCAAAUAUACAAUGGAACUCUUACCAUACCGAUGCUGAAUAUGUCAGACUCUGGCCUGUAUCAGUGUGUAGCAGAAAACAAGUAUGAUACUAUAUAUGCCAAUGCUGAAUUGCGGGUGAUAGCUGCGGCCCCUGAUUUUUCAAAAAAUCCUGUGAAAAAAAUCUCCAUUGUUCAAGUUGGAGGUGAAGUUACAAUUGGUUGUAAACCAAGUGCUUCUCCCAGAGCAGUUAUUAACUGGAGAAAAGGCUCAGAGGUGCUGCGGCAGAACAAAAGGAUCGUCUUCCUGGAGGAUGGCAGUCUCAGGCUCUACAACAUCACCAAGUCAGAUGCUGGGGUUUACACUUGUAUAGCAACAAAUCAGUUUGGAAUUGCCAGAAAUUCAGGGAGCCUGACUGUGAAAGAAAAGACUGUAAUUACUAUUCCACCUUCUAAUAUGGAUGUAACAGUUGGAGAAAGCAUAGUCCUUCCAUGCCAGGUGUCUCAUGACCCUUCCCUUCAUGUGGUGUUCACAUGGUCAUUCAAUGGAAAUAAUAUUGAUUUUAAAAGAGGAAUGCAUCAUUUUGAAAGAAUUGGAGGGGAAUCUGUUGGGGAUUUGAUGAUAAGAAAUAUUCAGCUACAUCAUUCUGGGAAAUAUGUGUGCAUGGUACAAACAACUUUAGACAGUCAAUCUGCAGCAGUAGAUAUAAUUGUAAGAGGCCCCCCAGGCCCACCAGAAGAUGUUAAAGUUGAACAUAUUUCUAGUACUACUGCUGUGUUAUCCUGGAAGUCUGGAAUAGAUAAUAAUAGUCCAGUCCAGAUCUACAGUGUCCAGACAAGGACUCCUUUCUCAGUCGGAUGGCAGUCAGUUCCGACAGUUCCUGAAGUCCUUAAUGGCAGGACUCACAAAGCAACAGUGGUUGACUUAAGCCCUUGGGUUGAGUAUGAGUUUCGUGUGGUUGCCAGUAACAGCGUUGGAAUCGGGGAGCCAAGCAGACCAUCAACUCUACUGAAAACCAAAGCAGCAGUUCCCGUGGUGGCACCAACGAACAUCAGUGGAGGAGGAGGGAGCCGUUCUGAGCUGGUCAUCACAUGGGAGCCAGUUCCAGAAGAACUGCAGAAUGGGGAAGGUUUUGGCUACAUCAUUAUGUUUCGUCCCCUUGGCUCAACAACCUGGACAAAAGCAGUGGUGGCUUCAGUAGAAGCAAGCAAAUACAUUUAUAGGAAUGAAAGCAUUACACCUCUGUCUCCUUUUGAAGUGAAAGUUGGUGUCUACAACAAUGAAGGAGAAGGGACCCUGAGCUCCAUAUCCAUUGUCUACUCAGGAGAAGAUGAACCACAGAUAGCACCAGCAGGGACUUCGGCACUGAGCAUUUCGGCAGCAGAGGUGGAGGUCUCCUGGCAGCCCAUUGCAUGGAACAGGCUCACGGGCAGGGUGUUAGGCUACGAGGUUUUAUAUUGGACCGAUGAUCCCAAGGAAAGCACAGCUGGUAAAGUCAGAGUCAAUGGGAAUGUAACAGCCAAAAAUAUCACAGGACUAAAGGCUAACACGGUGUAUUUUGCAACAGUUCGGGCUUACAACACAGCAGGGACAGGGCCCUCCAGCACCCCAGUAAAUGUCACUACUAAAAAGUCACCACCGAGUCAACCCCCGGCAAAUAUCGCCUGGAAACUGACAAAUUCCAAAAUCUGCUUGAACUGGGAGCACGUAAAAACAAUGGAGAAUGAAUCAGAAGUGUUAGGCUACAAAAUUUUGUACAGACAAAACAGACACAGCAAAACUCAUAUACUGGAGACAAACAACACUUCAGCUGAACUUCUGGUGCCAUUUGAAGAAGAUUAUCUCAUCGAAAUAAGAACAGUCAGUGACGGUGGGGAUGGCAGCAGCAGUGAGGAAAUUAGGAUUCCAAAAAUAUCAAGUUUAAGCUCUGGAGAAAUAAAUUUGUCCCAAAGAGUGCACUAUACAUUGACAUCUGGGAUCCUGCUGUUGAGUUUUGUCCUUAAGUACUCUCUCCCUUGAUGAUUAAAGCAAUGUUCUGCCACGGACUUUUAAAAGGAACAACAUAGAAUGCAUAAUAUGACAUGUACUACACUAUUUUCUUCUGAAAAGGGAAACCUAAAUAAAAGGAGUCGUAUGGACCAACCCAAAGCCAUUGAAUUCAAUAGAGAAGCUUUCAGUGGCAUCAGCAAGCCUUGAACAAAUGGGACAGUACAUUUUAUAAUUUGAGAUACAUAUUCUCAAAUACAUUUUAAAGGACUGUGUCUUGUGAAGACUGUUCUGAUUAACAAAGAUAGCAGAGAUGCUGAAUACCUUUUUUAAGGGGAGAUUGAAAUACAUCUGUCUUCCAGCAGGUUCAGUUACUCUCUCAGCUGGUAUUGUUAUUCUUUGCUGUAGCCUGGAAGUGUAGAUUCAUCUUUGGGCUAGGUGUGAAGGUAAAUGAGAAGACCAUUGAUUUUCAUCAACUUGAAAUAUAAAUAAAAGCAUCUAAUUAAAUCCUUCAAUCUAUUGAGUUAUUAGAAUGUUAAAUGAAACACCAGAGUGAGCAUGGCUUUCAAGUCAAUAGAAAUAGCUCAAAAUGUGAAGUCACACUGCUGUGUAUUUUAACAGCAUCCUAUAAAAGGUAUUUGUUGUCUCAUAUCAUACUAGGGGAUGAAAAGAUCCCCUAGUAGUGAUGUGAUCUUUUUCAUUCCCACUUUAUUCUGAAGUAAAUUUUCUUUUCAACACUGUCAAAGAUGUGUAAUCUCACCUUUGUAACCAUUUGGUACCACAAUCUAAUGAAGUUCCUCCCUUUCUCUCCAUUUGAGAAGGGCUCUAAUGGAGAUGGCAUUGUGUAAGCACACCAAUAAGCAAAGUAGUUUCAUCUAUGCAUGAUAAUUCUCCAAAGAGUGUAAUAAAACACAUUUCUUGUCCAUGGCUAUAGGACCCAAGUAGGCAACAAGAGUCUUAGAAUGGGGAGUUAUAUAGGAAGUUACCAAUACUUCAAUACCUGAGGUUACUGACAGGACUCAUGUGCUUGCCUUCCUGGGAGAACUCCACACAC